AACUCUUCCUGUGUUAUAAGAGAGGCCGUGAGAAGCCUCCACUGAUUGACAUUGGGACUAUCUGUUUGUUCGACCAAUGAGAUUGUUCCAGAAACCUGUUUAAAAAGAUAAGUAUUUUUGCAAUUCCGUUAUUUCUUCAUAUUUAAAACGAAAUAGUCAAAGCAUCAAUAUAAAUAUACACUUUGCUCAAAAUAUUAAUUUUCCCUUAUGCAUUUAUAUACAUUUUAACCCAAAAUCUUUGAUGUUGAAAAAAAGUUAAUGUCCUUAUUAUUUGUCAUGUUAUUUUUUGGUUGUUAAUCGAAUUAAUUACAUGGUAUGCCGAUAUGCAAAUAUUUGGUGAGAAAGCCCUCAAAUAACAAUAAUUCAAUAUAUAAUUAUUAAUCAUUUUAGUUAUAAAAAAUAGUUAUAUUUAAAUAAUUAUAAAUAAAAUAUAUAUAUAUAUAUAUAUAUAUAUAUUAUAAAAAAUAAUUCAGAUAAUGAAAAUGCAAAACAUUAUUGUGGCAGACGAGUAAAGCAUCGAUAAGGCAAAAAUGAAAUAAAAAAUUGGCUUUAGAAUCCAAUAUAUUAUUUAUUUCCAUAUUACUGAACAUAAGCCUAUUAAUGGCCUACAGUUCACAGCAAUCCAUUUUGCAAAUGAAUUUGUCAAUCUGUCCGAGGUGGACUUAGGGUGCUUUUCAAACAAAAGGCUGCAGCUUAGUUAGGCUGUGUCCUUCCAAGACUAGGCCUUCUGAGGCAGUAGGCUAGACUCCUCCUCAGCAUUUAGCGCUAUGAAUGAGACUGUCUUGUAAGUCCGCAUGGCUACAUCAUAAAUGUUUCUGCCUCAUGUGUCACGGUGUGAAAAUUUCGAAAAUAAUUUAUUUGUGACCCACUACAACUACUUUGUAGAAAUGGAGGAAGCCACCAGGAGGGUGUACAUCCGAUCUGAAGGCUGCGAAACGAGGCUGCCUUCCAAGAGCCCUCACAAUUGAGAUGGCCUUCUAUGAUAUCCAGCCUAACAAGGCGGUAGCCUUCCAUUGAGAAGCUCCAUUAUUAUAAGGGCUUUUCUAAGAACGCGUCAAUGUACACCUGCGUUAGACAGACACUUUUGGAGCGUCUCACUUUGGUUGCGUCACUCCAUAAACAUGUUGUUUUUAGGUGGCUGUGUCAAGUGAAACGUAGUUACCUAAACUUUCCUACGUUCAGAUUUGCGCUCCAUCAAGCUGUGUUUGAGCGUGUUCUUAUCGUGUGCUGUCUGCUGGUGGGUGCUGUAUGAGGGUAAAGAGCGUCUCAUUCCGGGCUGUGAGGUCGUCCAGGCCACACCGUAUGGCCGCUGCGCAAAUGUCAACAACAGCUCAGCCACAUCCCAGCGCAUAUUCAUCACAUACCGCCGAGCGCCCCCCGUCCAGCUGCAGAAUUCACUGGCCGUCACUGACAUAUGCGUCAUCAUCACAAACAAGGGCGAAACUCCUCCUCACACUUUCUGCAAGGUGGACAAGAACCUCAACUGUGGCAUGUGGGGAUCGAGUGUCUUUUUGUGCUACAAAAAGUCAGUGUCUGCCUCCAACUCCAUCGCCUAUAAGGCUGGUCUAAUCUUUCGAUAUCCAGAGGAAGACUAUGAGUCAUUUCCCCUCUCAGAGUCUGUUCCCCUGUUCUGCCUGCCUAUGGGGGCCAAGAUCGAGUGCUGGGCCCCUAACACACGCUACCCUUUACCUGUCUUCUCCACAUUUGUCCUGACCAACUCCAAUGGAGAAAAGGUGUAUGGAGCUGGGAUACAGUUCUAUGAGCCGUAUCCUGUGGAGGUCCUCAAUGAGAAACAGAAGAUCCAACUCGGUCUGCUCUCUGCUGUGGACAAGAAGGUUGUACCCAACCGCACUGUGAACACCAACAAGUGCAUCUGCCUGCUGUCUCGUUGGCCUUUCUUUGAGUCGUUUAGGAAGUUCCUCAUGUUCCUGUACAAGCUGUCCGCCAAUGGAGUCAACCCACUGCCCAUUGAGAAACACAUAUCCCACUUUAUGCACAAUGUCUCCUUCCCUUCACCUCAGAGACCCAGAAUACUGGUGCAGCUGUCGGCACAUGACACCUUAAUCCUGUCCCAACCUGUUUGUACACCUUUACCACUAAGUGGAGCAGACUACAGCACCCUGCUUAUGAAUCUGGGACCAGAAAACUGUGCCACACUGCUACACUUUGUCCUGCUGGAGAGCAAGAUCCUGCUGCACUCCCUCAGACCAGCCGUGCUGACUGGAGUGGCUGAGGCCGUUGUGGCAAUGAUCUUUCCAUUCCAGUGGCAGUGUCCGUAUAUCCCUCUGUGUCCUCUGUCUUUGGCGGGAGUCUUGAAUGCACCAUGUCCCUUCAUUGUGGGUGUGGACUCGAGAUACUUUGACCUCUACGAUCCCCCACCAGAUGUAGUCUGUGUGGACCUGGACACCAACACUAUAUAUUUGUCUGAUGAAAAAAGACACAGUAACUGGAAGAACCUCCCAAAGAAGCCCUGCAAGAGUCUAAUCAACUCCCUGGGAAACCUGCACCACCAACUUGCCACUGCAGUUCGGCGGGCAGCACUAGAAGGCUCGGCAGUUGAGAUGACCCCAAUUGAGGCGGACUUCACGUGGCAUAAAAAGAAGACCGAGCUGGAGAUGGAGAUCCAGGAGGCGUUCCUGCGCUUCAUGGCCUCCAUACUGAAGGGCUACAGAAGCUACCUCAAACCCAUCACACAGGCACCUUCCGAGAAGGCUACUGCUGCAGACUCACUCUAUGACCUGCAAGGAUUCCUGAAGAGUAGAGACCGUGCUCACCAGAAGUUCUACUCUCAGCUAACAAAGACCCAAAUCUUCAUUCGAUUCAUAGAGGAAUGUACUUUUGUCAGCGACAAGGACACCGGCCUGGCCUUUUUUGAUGACUGCAUUGAGAAACUUUUCCCUUCCGACAAAGGAACAGACAAGGGCACAAAGGUGGAAGGUGAGUCUUUUGAGGAGACCAGGUUGAUGGAACUGGACGAGUCGCUGAAGAGCGAGCAUACAGUUUUCGUCAUGCCUCCCGAACCCUCUCAGGAAGACGGCCCUGGCCCCCCUCUAAAAUACAGUUAUAAGAAUUUUCCUAAUUUGCGUUUGGAGUUGUUUGAUCGUCCGCGAGAGCUGAGGCCAGCGCUGAGCACUAGUGCUGCAGGGGCCAGUUUGUCCAGUAGUCCCGCCCUGCUGGCCAAGAGAACCAAACAGGAAAUCAAAAUGGCCUACAAGUUGGCAAAGCGUUUCUACUCCAAUCCACCCCAGUGGGCGAAGUGUCUGUUCAGUCACUGCUACAGUCUGUGGUUUAUCUGUCUUCCUGCUGGCAUGCGAACAGCGCAGUCCAAACCCAGAGCCAUGCAGCAGGCCUUCAAUGUUCUGCUCAAGAUGAGGAGCUCAGAGGUGGAGGUACUCGAUGAGGUGUGCUACCGUGUGGUGAUGCAGUUGUGUGGUCUGUGGGGGAUGCCCGUCAUGGCUGUACGUGUCUUAAUGGAGAUGAAAAAGGCUGGAGUUCAACCCAACGCUAUUACUUAUGGAUACUACAACAAGGCUGUGCUGGAAAGUCCCUGGCCAAGCCGUAACCGCAGUGGACACUUCAUGUGGACCAAAAUGAGGAACCUGGUGCGAGGAGUGGUGCAGUUUAAACGGGCACUGCGUGGGACAGCUCUUCAUAAAGGACCUUCUCUGAUAACCACAGAGGUAUUAGCUGGCACAGUUGCUGGUGGUGAUGGAGACCGACUGAGUCACUGCAGUGCAGACAGCUCAAAUGAGACUAAUGUGGAGGAACCCACUCUCUUUUCCCAAAGCCUUAUAGUCGAGAACGCUACUGACAGUCACUUUAGUACAGGCGGUCAGUCUGAUCAGGGUUAUGGAUCAAAGGAUGAGCUUCCACAGGACCUAACAGAUGCACCUAUAACCUCUGCUUCCCUGUCCAGCGUCCACACCAGCAGCAGCAAAGCCAGCAAGAUCAAACAGAAUGGGGAUGAUAUUGCUAGUUCUGUGGACAGUGUUGUAGCUGUGACUGAGCCAUUCAGUCCUGCUGAGAUAGCGCCUCCUGGUGCCAACAUUGUUAAACUGUCCACUGGGAACUUGGACUGCAGUGCAGGCAGCGAAACCGCAGGUGAUAGCACAGGCAAGCUCUUCAUGCCCCGCAAAAAGAGUGAAGAUAUAGUCCUGCCUGUGGAGAACGAUUCCACCAACUCAGAUUCAGUCUCGAAGACUGCACAACAGCAGAGAGUGAAAGCGUUUGCGGAGCGCAGCUGCAGUUUCAGCGUGGAGAGCAAAGCCGGCAUGCUACAAAAGAAGGGCAGUCUGGAAAUCAGCGUAGAUCAUAUGGGUGCUGACGUAAAAAUCCUCGCUGCCGCGUUCCCUGGCAGCCUCACCCCUCCACCUUCUGCAACCGUCCCUCCCUUUAAGGAGUUUAAGGCAGAGCCUAUGUUAAGCCCUGCCCCCAAGGAGGAGGAACAUGAAGAUCAAGAAACAUGUUCUGAGGUACAUGUAAAAGAACAAAGAAAAGAUGAAGAUUCGGUGGAGGUGACAACACCCCCAGGGAGUGAAGGAGAUGGGCGGAGCAUAAGCAUUGGCAGCUCCUCCUCUAAAGCGGUGGAGAGGGAGGAUGUUGAGGUGGGGGCGGAUCCUCUCUCGCUCUUUGCUUCGGAAACUGAGGAUGCAGUCUCCAUUCAAAGCCAGGAGUCCACGCGCCCAUUUCCAGCUGUGGUAUCAAGGAAUCUUGCCGAUGAAAUCGAGAUGUACAUGAGCUUAAAGAGUCCACUAGGUGCGAAAUCCCCCAGCAUGGAGUUGCAACAGGGGGCAAACCGUGAACCGGGUGACUGCCUGGACUCGCCAGCAGUUAAGCAGCCUUUGGAAAGGAGAUCGAGCCUUCCAGCUGGCCCAGUCAAAGGGCCUAGUUCAACGGAGACUCCAAAACGAAGCCCUGCUGUCACACGCUCUAAGACUUUCACUGUCAAGUCACCCAAGACCCCAGGCUCUGCCGGUCAAAGGUCAUCAUCGCUGACCGCACUUGUGAAGUCGUCACAGAGCAGCUCAUUGGGAUCUGUCAUCAAUUCCAUAUCAGGAAUUAAGAUGGACUCGCUGCUGUCGGGCCCUAAAGUGGACAUGCUGAAGUCAGGCAUGAAGCAGGCAGCCAAUGUAGCUAGUAAGAUGUGGGAUGCAGUGGCCUCAGCGUAUUCCUACUCUGAUGAUGAGGAUGAGAACUCCCUGCCCAGGGACGGUUUCCCAGCCAGGCUGGAAGAACAGUUGCUGUCUGCCGAGGGAACAACAGACACCCCCAGAGGUCUGAUGCCCAGCCUGGCAUCAAACGGGCUCACGUGCAGCAACACCAGCCUGGGCAGCAGCAGCGGUAGCAGUGAUACCGGCCGUGGUCAGCUGCCAACACCUUUGACUCCUGGCCGGUCUAUGAGAAGCGCAGACUCGGAAAGGUCUGAACACAGUUCCUCUCAUCACGCCAGCACCUCCAGCAUUUACCAGAAUUGUGCUUUAGAGGUCCUCAUGUCGAGCUGCUCUCAGUGUCGAUCAUGUGAGGCUCUGGUGUAUGACGAGGAGAUCAUGGCAGGCUGGACUGCAGAUGACUCCAACCUCAACUCCACCUGUCCAUUAUGUCAAAUCUCUUUCCUCCCUCUGCUCCAUGUAGAGUUCCAUGACCUGCGCACCACACCAGGCUUCUAUUUGAAGACGAGCACAUCAGGAGACAGUAUCCACAGCUCCAGCACUCAGCCAGCCACCUCUGGUUCCUCAGAGGUCAAAGUGGGCAGUCCUAGUGACCCUCCUGAUCUCAUGAGCUGCCCUGAAUCCCCAGAGGAAAGCGAAGGUUCUGUCGAGAUACCCGUUUCUCAAACUGGAACACCCAAGAUUCUUGUGCCUGAGCCAGUGCAUUCAAACCCCUUGAGUCUAAUGGAGAGACAAGUUGAGAAACGCAACACCUCUUUGACCCGCAGCAACAGUGUGGGUGGCCCUUUGCAGAGCCUGGACUGCACCCAGCGGCCCAGUCAUGGUAUAUCCACCACCAGCCUACCCAACAGCCUACUAGAGGUGGCGGACACUUUGGUUCAAAAGCGACCAAACCCCAAACCAGUUUCUGUGCCAUAUCUCAGUCCACUGGUCCUGCGCAAAGAGCUGGAGUCACUAUUAGAGAAUGAGGGGGAUGAGGUAAUCUAUACCCAUAAGUUUCUCAGUCAACAUCCCAUAAUUUUCUGGAAUUUGGUGUGGUAUUUCCGCCGUUUGGACCUACCAAACAUUCUGCCUGGACUCAUCCUUACCUCUGAGCACUGCAAUAAUGGAGUACAGAUGCCGCAGACAUCUCUGUUUCAGGACAGUAAGCAGGUGUAUGUGCAGCUGCUGUGGGACAAUGUGAACUUGCAUCAGGAGCCCACUGAGCCCCUUUAUCAGCUCUGGAGGACCUUCUUGCAAAGAAAGGGAACUCUAGCCCCCACUGACCACCAGGAGACAAGGACUCUGUUAAACAGCAUUGUACGCAACAUCCAGACAAACAAUGUUUAUGGCCCCAUCAACUCACUCCUCAGAGAGAUCAAGAAACGACCAGAUGUUAAACGACAGAGGAGUAUCUACAGGGAAAUAUUGUUUCUGUCACUUGUUGCUUUGGGGAAGGAGAACAUAGACAUUGAGGCUUUUGAUCGCGAAUACCGUCUUGCAUACAAUGAGCUUAGCACAGAGCAGCUCAAAGUCCUGUCCCCCAUUGACAAACCACCUAGCAAUAGCGUGCAAUGGUGUCUCAAGUGCUUCGGAGCCCCGUUUAUCUGAUUUAACCCACAGUGACUGUUAAAGUUCUGAGGCACACACCGAAUGAUGAUUUGUGGAGCACAAACUCUUGUACAGUAAUUUCGUUUGUUUGCACCAUCUCCCAAAUUUUUUUACUUUUUAUCAUCUACCAGAAUAAAAAUGUAUUGGCUCCUUUGCUCUGAAAUUCCUGAGAGUGUCUAGUGCGCCAGCCAUACAGCGGGUAGAAACGCCGUUUUUACUGUGUCGCCCAUCAGAUGUUGAAAACUGACUCUUGUGUGCGAGCUCUGUUCAGACUACAAUGGAAGUAAAUGAUGAACUCGGUGCAGGGUGGAAAAAUUUUCUCACUGUAAGACUUCGGACGUUUCUCAACACUGCCCUUCUAACUUCAGCCUAAUGUACCUGUGGAAGGAGUCUUGUGGACAUGGGGAGAGCGUUCUGGAGGGGUGACAGUGAAAAUGGUCUUAUUCGAUGUGCACUUUCAGAAAUGGUUGCUUUAUUGUUCUCCAUUGUUGCAUUGUGUUUUUAUAUAUAUAUUUUUCUAUAUUGGGAUAUUCGAACUCUGUUGCCUUUCUCAAAGUGAGGGAAUUUGAUCUAGAUUUCAGUGGAGUCUUAAACGCAGAGCCCAUCAGGCUUAACAUGGGACUUGAGUGUCACAGUGCAACGUUACGCAAGAGGUUUGCGUGUGUGUAAAUAUGUGUGUAAAUUGGCUAAACCUCACCUUAAAACAACAUACUGUGACAGCGGACAAUCAGAUUAAUUCCAUAACAUUCCAGAAUGCAUCUCUAAUGUCUUAAAGAGAGGGUGGAAUCAUUACGAGUCAUGGUAUAGUAAUCAAAUAUUAAGUAUUUUUUCUUAAAAAUACACAUCAGACCUUAAAGGAAUAGUUCACCCAAAAAUAAAAAUGUGCUGAUCAUCUACUCACCCUCAGGCCAUCUAAGAUGUAUAUGACCUUCUUACUUCAUCAGAACAGGAUUUAAGAUUUUUAGGAAUGUAUCCCAGGUUUUUAGCUUCAUCCAAUGCAAGUGAAUAAACACCCAUUUUUGAAGGUCUAAAAAGCACACUUAGUCAGCAUCAAAUUAAUCCACACGACUCCAGCCGAUCAAGUAAUGACUUCUGAAGUGAAUCGAUACAUUUGUGUGUAAAACUAAUCGCUAAUUAAAACUUUAUUAACUGUAAAAAAUUGCUUCCUGUAAACACUCAAUGCCUCACGUCGCUGUCACGUGAUGUCAUUAUGUGACGUCAUCACGUUGGUGCGUUCAUGCGAGAAUUCAGAAGUUCCGCUUACCACAGAGGAACGUACUUCACACGAGAGUUAGGUCAAUUCAAACAGCUACAGAGAGCUUUUAAUUAGCAAUAUGUUUGUGUGAAAAACAAAUCGAUUCACUUCAGAAGACUUACUUAAUCAACUUGAGUCGUGUGGAUUAAUUUGAUGCUGCCUAAAUAUGCUUUUUGGGCUGUCAAAAAUUGAUGUCCAUUCACUUGCAUUGGCUGAAGCUAAAAACCUACUUUCCUAAAAAUCUUAAAUCUUGUUCUGAUGAAAAAAGAAGGUCAUAUACAUCUUGGAUGGCCUGAGGGUGAGUAAAUUAUCAGCAAAUUUGCAUUUUUGGGUGAACUAUUCCUUUAAUGUUGGCUUAUGACAUGUAUUGGUGGAAAAUCAUGAAAUGCUUUGGGAAUUGAGGAGUCAACUUAUGAAGUGAUUUAACUUGUUAUUCAUUUAUUCAUUCAUACACAUGCUUAUUUUUCUUCACACAUGCUCAAAAUUACAGUUUGUAAUCUCUUCACACUGUAUGUGUACAGCAAUGACGCUUUAACAUCGAAAGGAAAACGUCCAUAGAACCUCAUACAAGAAUGUACAUCUCUUUUUUUUUUUUUUAUCUAUCUCCUAGAUAUAGUCUUGUGGGAUACUAGUAUCCAUUAAUUUUCUGAGCAGAAAACUCAGUCUUAAAAUCAGUCCAGUUUUGCAGUCCCAAUGUACAAGCAAAUCCAAAGGAUGUAUAAACCUUCCAGAUACUGUCAUUAGCGAAUGAAUCAGUGAAGAAAUUGAAAUUGUUCUUGUGCCUUGUUAUCAAGUCAAGGUAGAAUUUAUAGGAUUUGUAAAAUUUUUAAGAAUUAAUAAGAUUUAUUUACUAAUAAAUUAACAUGAUAGAGUGCAAUUGGUCUGCCUUAAGUUAUUUAUCUUUUUAAUUCUUACUAUUUUAUUUUACUGAAUAUAUGUAUUUUUGAUAGCCAGUGUAAUUGCAACAUUCUCCCUUGGUUUUUGGUCCCUUGAAAAAAGCUAAGUGUAAACAACAUAUAUCUGACGUUACUAUUAAGUCAUAUCAUUAUCCAGGAGAUGUUUUAGUAUGUGAUACUCAUGUACACAACUGUAUUGUUUGUGACUUUAGUACAAGUUUCCCAAGAACAAUAGAGCACAGUAAAUACAAAUCAAUAAAAGCUGUUUUACCCAGAGCGGACUAUAUAUAGAAUACAAACUAAUGUUCUGUGAGAACAAAAGAAAAAAAGAUUAUAUUGUAUGUAUACCUCAUAAUGCAUUUUUGUAGUGGGUAGAAAUACUGUAUGUCCUAGUAGAGCAGGUGUAUCGUUAUCUCAUUGUUAGACUGAAUGUUUGCAUUGCUUGGCCACUUAAAAGAGGAAAAACUCUUGAGGUUAUACAGUAUGCAUCGAACUGUUUAAGAAUCCUCAUCUGUAACUUUAUUAUUUAUUGGGAUAAGAUUUAAUCAGUAUGUAAGUAUGCAAUAAGUAUGGCCUCUUAUCUGUCUACAAACAAAAACUCCUUGAUUUGACCGACUUUAAAGUCCCAAAUAAUGUACUAAUAUAGCAUUCAAACUCAGAUUAUAUCCUGACAUAAUUGUGUUCAUUACAGUAUUUUACUGCCGUAAAUGUGUAGAAUUAACUUCAAGAAGGGAUAACACUGACAAAUGCAAAUAAUAUAAUGUUGUGAAAAUUGUGAAAUUGUACAUCAAGACUGAUGUAGACUUCAUGCGGUUAACAGGUCUUAAACUAAUGCCGUGUAAAAGUUUGAUAUUGUGGGCUCACUUAAAGCAAUGUGUGAGUAUUAUCUCUGUACCUAGAUUUAUUUAAACCACAAAUUGAAGGACUGAAGUUAUAGUUAAAAACUAAUAGAAGGGCUCAUCAUGACAAGGGUUUGAAAUUACAUAUCAGAGAAAUGUUCAAAUUGGUUCAUACAAUGUAUCCUCUGCCAUCCUGUGAAGUGGAUGUGCAUUUGUCACACUGCAAUAAAUACAUGUUGCCCUGAUUUGACUGUGGCUAAAGUGUCUUGGUAACUUGUAUACUUUCCCUGUAACAAAGUAUGAUUAUUAGUUUAGAAUUUACUGCAUUAUUUUUUGUCACACAAAUUCAGCAAAUCACAUGACUAAUGAAUAUGACUGAUUGUCCCAAAUAAAGACUUAAGAAAUG